ACUAAGUCUUUGUGCAGAGUUCCUUGUUUGUUAAGAUUUAGUGCAUCAUGUGGCCUUAUUAUGAAUCAGACGAUUGGAGUAUUCUACCACCGGAAUUAAAUAGAAGGUUUAACCCAGCCUUUAACAUGGCCUCCAUAAAACAAGCUUUUAAUGAGGCAGUAGAAAGAGUCUCAACAGUUAGAAUGCCUGCACCAACACGACUGAGGGAUCUCAUCAGACAAAUAAGGGCUGCCCGCACUGCAGCAGAAGAGAGAACAGUUGUUAACAAAGAAUGUGCAUAUAUCCGUUCAACGUUUAGAGAAGAAGACAGUGUAUGGAGAUGCCGCAAUAUUGCAAAACUCUUGUACAUUCACAUGCUUGGGUAUCCGGCACAUUUCGGCCAAUUAGAAUGUUUGAAACUGAUUGCAUCCCCGAGGUUUACGGACAAACGAAUUGGUUAUUUAGGUGCAAUGUUACUGUUAGAUGAACGACAGGAUGUUCAUCUAUUAAUUACUAAUUGCUUAAAAAAUGAUUUAAAUAGUUCAACACAGUUCGUUAUCGGUUUAGCAUUAUGUACUUUGGGUGCAAUUGCAUCACCGGAAAUGGCGAGAGAUUUAGCGUCUGAAGUUGAAAGGCUGAUGAAAUCACCGAAUGCGUAUAUUCGAAAGAAAGCAGCACUCUGUGCAUUUAGAAUCAUUAGACGUGUACCAGAAUUGAUGGAAAUGUUCUUACCCGCUACACGCAGCUUAAUCACAGAGAAAAAUCAUGGGGUGUUAAUUACUGGUGUUACGCUUAUCACAGAAAUGUGUGAGAACAGUGUGGAUACAUUAAACCAUUUCAAAAAGAUUGUGCCAAAUCUUGUAAGAAUCCUCAAGAACUUAAUCCUAGCUGGAUACUCACCGGAACAUGAUGUGUCAGGAGUGUCUGAUCCUUUCCUUCAAGUGAAAAUACUACGUCUCCUGCGAAUUUUGGGACGCAAUGAUAUUGACGCAUCGGAAGCAAUGAACGAUAUACUUGCGCAAGUUGCAACAAACACGGAGACUAGCAAAAAUGUUGGAAACACGAUACUGUACGAAACUGUAUUAUCCAUUAUGGACAUAAAGUCCGAAAGUGGGCUUAGAGUACUGGCAGUAAAUAUUUUAGGCCGAUUUUUGUUAAAUAAUGAUAAGAACAUACGAUACGUUGCUUUGAAUACAUUAUUAAAAACAGUUUAUGUCGACACAAGUGCAGUGCAGAGACAUCGUUCAACGAUUCUGGAAUGUUUAAAAGAUCCAGAUGUAUCGAUCAGAAGGCGAGCAAUGGAACUCAGUUUUGCGCUCGUAAAUACAAACAAUAUUAGGAAUAUGAUGAAGGAAUUAUUACUAUUUUUGGAACGUGCUGAUCCAGAAUUUAAAGCUCAGUGCAGUAGUAAUAUAGUAAUGUCUGCAGAGAGAUUCGCACCAAACAAACGUUGGCACCUCGAAACCUUGUUUAAAGUUCUCGUCGCUGCUGGUAAUUAUGUCAGAGAUGAUGUAGUAGCAUGUACUAUACAGUUGAUUUCGGAAACACAAGCACAGCAAGGUUACGCGGUUAGUGCAUUAUGGAAAGCAUUAGAGAAAGAUACAUCUGACAAACAACCGUUGGCUCAAGUAGCAACGUGGUGCAUCGGUGAAUAUGGUGAUUUGUUACUGUACGGGCCACCAUCAGAUGAUGUAGAUGCUCCCGUCAAUAUAAUAGAAGACGAAGUCAUUGAUGUCUAUCAGAGGUUACUAUGGAGUCCACAAAAUACAGUUGUUACAAAACAAUAUACUCUAUUGUCUCUCACAAAACUGAGCACUAGAUUCCAAAAGGGAAAUGAGAAAAUUCGUCAAAUAAUUGACACGUUUGGAAGUAAUUUACAUAUCGAGUUGCAGCAAAGAGGCACUGAAUUCUCACAGUUGUUCAGAAAAUACGAUCAUUUACGUCCUGCAUUGCUUGAAAGAAUGCCUCCGAUGGAAACAGCAAGACCGCAGGCUAACGGAAUUAUUGGUAUGGUUAACGGUGAACCAGAACCAGAAGAAGAGAAAUCAACAGUUUUGGAAGCGAGUACACCACCAUCUGAUUCAGUAAGCCCACAGCAAUUAUUUUGUAAUGUUACGAAUAUAAAUCGUCGAUAUAAAAAUUAUACAACCAUUUUAAGUAAAUUUUAUAAAAUUGAUAAUACAACCGCUGCGGUGAACAAUAAUGAUCUAUUGGACUUACUCGGUAGUUUAGAUUUAAGUGCGCCUACAUCUACAUCUACAUCUACAUCUACACUGCCUCAGGCACAAACGCCAACGCAAGUAUUCAGUCCUACCAACACGGGCAACUUCUUAGUCGAUGGUUUACUUAAUUCAUCGUCAACUCAAAAUGAUGCAGCUACCAUGAUUGUUUUGGAUAAAGCAGGACUUAAAAUAACUUUCAGAUUAGAAAGACCGCCAGAUAUCGCUGAUCUAUUAAUUAUAAACAUGUCAGCUCAGAAUUCUGGAAGUGCUAUACUGACUGAUUUUCUGUUUCAAGCGGCAGUUCCUAAGACAUUCCAACUACAAAUGUUGUCUCCGUCAAGCACAGUCAUUUCUCCUUCUGGGCAAGUCACACAAGUAUUGAAAAUUACGAAUAUCAACAAAGUACCUCUAAGAAUGAGAUUACGUAUCUCAUACACUGGACCAGCAGGUCCAGUUUUGGAACAAGCAGAAGUAAAUACUUUUCCUCCAUUGGCAACACAGUGACAAAAUAUACUGAGGAAGACAAUUGUAC